CUAAUAGAUGUGCGAUCGUGUCGUUUGCUACACUAGUUAUAUGUGUAUUUAAUUUAUUCCAAUUCACGUGUACAUUGAGAUAUAACAAAAUGAAGGGCCAACAAAGUCUGCGUUUGCUGAGACAGUUGACAAAUGGAACGCAGCAGAGCUUCUCCAAGCGUCUGGCUCAUGGUCAAAGUGCAGCUGGCUCGCUAAGAGAUCAUGAGGAUAUAAUCAUACAAAUGCCUUGGGGACACAUUGCUGGCAAAUGGUAUGGCCGAAAAGAUGUACGUCCCAUUCUGGGCAUCCACGGUUGGAUGGACAAUGCCGGCACAUUUGAUACGCUCGCCCCGCUGUUGCCAGCUCAUCUGCCACUGCUCACGAUCGAUGCACCGGGUCAUGGACUCUCGUCGUGGCUACCAAAGGGAACAGCUUAUCACUCCAUCGAAUUGGUGCAACUUAUGCGGCGCAUCAUUAAGUAUUUUAAUUGGGAGAAACUAUCGCUAUUGGGUCACUCGAUGAGCUCCCUCAAUGGCUUCGUAUUCGGCUCAAUGUUUCCAGAUAAACUAGAUAUGUUUAUUGGGUUAGACGUGAUGAAGCCCCUGAUUCGCAGUGAAAAAACAUUUAUUAAUAAACUUGCAGAGCGUCUGGAGAAUAACUUGAAACUGGAGGAACGCAUGCUUGAGGGUACCGAACCGCCUUCAUAUGAGUGGGAUAAACUGGUGGAACGAAUGCAUCUGGGAACAAGAAAGUCCAUAUCACUUGAGUCUUGCCAAUAUAUAUUGAAGAGAAGCUGCAAACCCUCCAAACAAGAUCCGAAUCGAUUCUACUUUUCGCAUGACAAUCGUGUAAAGGCAGCCUUUGUCUACACGCUCUCCAAUGAGACUGUGUUGGAGAUGGCGGCACGCAUCAAUGUCCCGUAUCUUUUUAUAAAAGCCCUACAGGCUCCCUACUACGAAGACAAGAAGUAUUACAAUGCCGCACUGGAUGUUCUGCGCAAAAAUCCGCAAUUCGAAUACUACGAGGUCGAGGGAUCUCAUCAUGUGCAUCUCAAUGAACCCGAGAAAGUAGCGCCUUUAAUCAAUGCGUUCAUUAACAAAUAUAGACCAGAUGUGUGAAAUUUAAUAGUCAAGAUUCCUAGUAUAAACUGUAAAUAGAUACUCAUAGAAAAUUACAUUGUUUUGAUACAAAAAUGUUUGGAGAUAAGUAAAAGUAAUCAAGAAGCAUAAUUGCAAUGUCAAUAAUAUUACGAAUAAGUGCCAUGUAAUGCUGACUCUUAAAAAAUAAAGAAUCCGAAUCAAAUCCAAAGUUCAAA